AGUCAUCCUGUUUGAAGGGGUGGGUGGCACAGGUGAGUUUCUGGUUUCUUGUACCUGUAGUCUGCCUGCCAGCUCCAGAAAGUGCUGCCUGCUGCUGUGCUUCCAGUCUGAUGUUGUGGAUGCUGCCUGCCAGACACUGCUGCUGCCUCUUGGGCUGCCCUUGAAGAAGGCAAACUUACCAAUACUUAAUCAGCCAGCAAGGAUAUUCAACUGAAACCGAUGUGGAAGACAUAAGUCUAAAAGAUCUUUCAGUGAAGAUAUACUAGAAAGAUAAGGUUGAGCGGCGGAUACUCCCCAGCACUGGUGGUAGCUGAACUACAGGUGUAAGACGCUGCCAAAAAGCCUGUGUAGAUCCUUGGUAAAAUGGAUGCUAUACACAAGCUGAAGAUUUUGGUGAUGUUUCUGUCUCUGGCUACGUUCACGGUCAUGGUGAUACUGAAUGCUGGAAAUGCCACUGGGAUACUCAAAGGUCUGUUCAGGACAACCCCUGGAAACAUCUCGGAGAAGUACAACACUGACUUCACACCAGCUGGCUGGACUUUCCUCAUCUGGAAUGUCAUCUAUGCCUGGCAGCUUGCCUGGCUUCUCUACGCCUUGUCAGGGAUCUGUCGAAGGAAUGAACUUGGAUGUGUCUACAUAAAGCCAGACUUGCUGCCAAUACCUCUUUAUGUGGCGUGGAUUCUGAAUAAUGGCCUCAAUGUUGGUUGGCUGUUUCUGUGGGACCGAGAAUACCUCCUACCAGCCCUGGUGUUCCUGGCAGCUCUCACUUUUACCACGUGUGCCUCCCUCUUCAUUUCACACCAAGCCUUGAGCAUCCAUUCCUCGUGGCUUGUGAAGGGUCACAAAGCUGAGCUCUGGCUCAUCCGCAUCCUAGUCCAGAAUGGGCUGGCACUGUAUGCAACAUGGACCACCAUUGCCACUCUGCUGAACUUUGCCAUUGUGUUGAUCUACAAGUGGAAUGUGUCCAAUGAGACAGCAACAACUGCUUCUCUAAGCAUCCUUGCUCUUGACCUAGUAAUAUGGUUUUAUCUAGAAAACUUCGUUCUUGACAAGUAUGUCCGCUAUAACCUUACAGUCUACCCAGUGCUGAUAAUAGCUCUGACUGGCAGUGCAUGCAAGAACUUCUCGUUUUCAUCCCCGACAACAAACAGCAUUUUCAUAGUUGUUCUGCUGGCAGUGACUUGCUUGAUCUUUGCUGUUCGGCUGGGACUAGUCACAUGGAGACACUGUAAGAGACCACUGGAAGCACCAGAAACCACAGCCCCAUCAGGCACAGUGGCCUGAGACCUCUGGCAUGUUGUGGCAGAUCCUUUAAAAGGAGAAAAGAGAAUUGGGCAUCUGCUGGUCCUUCCUUCCUGUAUCAAUUGCCUUGUGCUCUUCUGUAACUAUUGCUUUCCAUUCCAAAUGCGGAUGGCUUGUGUCUGCAAACCUGUCCUGCUCCCACAUUCCCUCAGAUCAGCUACUUAGAGCCCCACCUUGAAUCUGCAUGCUCCUUCAUUUGGUUUGACUCUGAAUCAGUGCGGGAAAAGGUCCUUCAGCUGAACAGCCCUGUAUACCUUUGUGAUGACUGAGCUGUGACUCUCUGCUCCUGCCAAUGCAAUGAGGGCUGUUGACAGGCACUUGGCAGGCUCACACAGACAGUUGUUCAUAUUCUUUCCUCGGUAGUUCAUUUUUCUUAAAGUGUAGCAUUAAGUGAACUGUCCCUGGGAGUCAAGGUGAGCAGUGGGAGGUCUGUCAUUCCUUUGGCCAUUCAGUGCUGGGUGUCUGCAAGCCCCAGUGGUGUGAGCAGAUCUCCUGCAGGCAGCGACUGCUCCUCUCCCUCCUCCUCUUCAUGAUGGGAACAGAUAUUACAACUUGAGAGAUCUACCUUUGUGGUGUCAGCUCUGAUGUUUGAUAUCGAAGGGGGGGGAGGAGGAGUGACUGAAUACUUCUGCAAGCCUUCAUCCUAUUGCAGCCUGUUGUAGCUCUAGAAACCAAAGAUGCAUUCACUUUUCAGCAUCCAGUAGGAUAUCUGGGUCUCUGCUCUGGUUUUUCCUGACUUUCUCAGUUAAGUCAGUCACUAUGUCAGUGUCUCUGUCUGUGGACCCACAAUAACAGCAGAUUUGUGCUGUUCCUGCUCUGCCUGUAAGACAGAUGAGAUGGUGUGGUGGGUUGCCUUUCCCUGAGCUGUGCUGAGCCAGCAGUGCCCAGUUUGUGCUGGCUGGAUGCCUCCUGCUGGAGCGUGGUUUGUAGCCACUCUGGCAAGAGGUUAGAUGUACAGAUGAGAUGAUACCUGAUCUGGGGUAAAGCCUGCUGCUUCAAAGGAAGCCUUUUUAGAGAAAAAAAA